AUGUCAAGCCACGACAUGAUCACGGACGACUACGUCGCCGACUUGCUCGCCAAAGAGGCCGUCAUGGGCCGGGCAGACAAGAAACCAGCAAACAUGCCCAAACCAAACACUCGUUUCCUGCGCCACAUUAUCAAGGACACGAAUACGCACAACAAGAACCUCCUGGCCAAAGAGGCCGCCGAAUCCCGCGCGCGCUUGAAGGAUCUUGAACACGCCGAGGAGAAGGAGAGGCGGAGGAAAGCAGGCCCUCAGGAUAUUCGAAAGAGGCAGAUGGGAGACAUCCUAUCGAUUCUGGGAGACCGCAAAGACAGGUCCAGGUCCAGCCGAUCAGGGCCAUCGAAUGAGAAGGCGCAGAAGAAGGAAGACUCGUCGCCGCGGAGGACACAUCACAAGGAACGCAGGAGUGAAUCUCCAGAACGCGAGAGCGGCAGGAAGCACCGGCGUAGCAGGAGAGACGAGUCGGAUUCGGAGCGAGACGAUCGUCGACGACAUAGGAGCGAUCGGCGGAGGUCACGAUCACCCGACGAGAAGCACAGGAGGCACCGCCAUCGUUCGCCAAUCGAAGAUAGGGAGACUGCGUCAAAGUCACGGCGAAGCGAUAGGGAAAGGCGACGGGACGAAGAAGGACAGGACCCCAUGUCGAAGAGCCAUCGGUCACGCAGAGAUCGCAGUCGGGAGAGGCCGCAGUCGGGAUUCUCGAUCAAGGGCAGCAGCCGCCGCCGCGACGGAGGGCGAGCGCACGAGCAGGAGCCCCCGACGACAGCGUCAGACUCGGAUCCUUUGGACGAGUUUAUUGGGCCGGAACCGCCGCAGCAAGUUCGUUCGCGUGGCCGGGGCACCGCCUCGGGAGCCUCGGGCAUCGACAAGCGCUUCGAAGCGGAUUACAACCUCAAGGCGGAUGUGGAGAUGGCGGACGACGACAAACACCCGGGAGAGAACUGGGACGACGCCGUGGAGGCGUUCAGGGACAGGCAGAAGUGGCGACAGAAUCAGGAGGAGCGGAUGCGGGCGGCCGGGUAUACCGAUGGGAUGCUGAAGAAGUGGAGGGAGGGCGGCACGGCCGACGAGCAGAAGGACGAGCGGGAUGUGCAGUGGGCCAAGGCCGGGGAGAAGCGGGAGUGGGAUCGCGGCAAGGAGGACGGGUUGAGCGGGUUGUUUUCCGAGUUCAAUUGA